UGUUUAAAAGGCUGUUUUGGAUUAAUUUUCCUUUGCUUGGAUAAACAUACCUGUAAUGACUUUGCUACUCUUUUUGAUGCCGUGUUGUAUAUAAUUAAAAACGUCUGAAAGUUUUAUCUCAAAACAAGUCUGUUUUUUAAAAUCAACAAAUCCCAUAAUAUUUUUACUUAACACAUUACCAAGGCCCUUGUGAUAGCUUUCAUGUUUCACUUUUAGAAGCUACCUUAUUGUUAUGAUUUCAGCACUGAAUUAUAUAAAACGCGGCAUCAAGAACAACAAAGUUAGUGCAGAGAUAUGUUUUUCUCAACAACGGAAACAUUGUGUGUGUGUGCGUGCGCAAAUGUUUUAGAAGCUUGGACAGCGUCAUCGCGGUAAGAAUGUGGGGAAUUCCCGUAGUUUAAACAUCAACAUAUAAACCUAAGCCUAGACAUCAAGACCUCAAGGCAACGCGAGUUCAUCGUCGACAUGUUUGUUGGAACCUCAAUUAUCGCGACAGCGCUGUUCCUGCUCUCCGGUUCACUCUGUGGUGCCUCAGUGGUGGAUCCUGUUCCCACCUUUGACCAUCGAGACCCGGUAACCGGAGAAAUCCUCAAAUGUCCCAAGUGUCCACCAGGCACGUUCAUGUCUGCUCAUUGCACUGCCACCACACGCACACAGUGUCAGUCGUGCAGAGAUGGCCACUUCACCGAUCUGUGGAACUACCUGCCCAGGUGUCUGUACUGCAGCAACAUUUGCACAGGUAACCAGGAGGUGGAAACAGAGUGCUCCCCGACAACCAACAGGAUCUGUCGGUGCAAAGAAGGCUUUUACUCGGCUGAUGACUUCUGUAUCAGGCACACAGAGUGUGGCCCCGGAUACGGGGUUCAAACCAAAGGUGAGACUCUCAGGACAUUCCUCUCAGGAUUCUUCCAUUCACACAGGAUGCGUGUAGGAAAAAUGAAGAAAUUUGUUUCCAAAUACAUCCUUACCUCGUUGGAAGAGAGGCGCAAUCUCCCCAAACAGAGAGAGACUCUCAUGGAUCACAUCAUAGACUGGCUGGCAAAGGCUCCAGAGGAAAAGCUGAGGAAGAUUCCUGACAUGCUAAGAGCUUCAGAUCUUAACUCCAUGGCAAAAAAACUAAAGAAGAGACUCCAUGAGAUUAAGCAGCAGAACCCAAACUGCAGCUUAACAAUUGAUGAAGUAAACAAUGCUCUCUAGUCUGCAGUCUGUUACACAUUUAUAAAAACUGUAUACCUGUUUUACAAAGUUGUUAUGUGAUAAAGGAGAAUAUUCUUUGUAUCGUUUGUCAUUUUAUAUGUGUAUAUGUACUGUAUAAACUUUAGGUUUUCAUUGCUAAAGCUACUGUUUGUAUAUGUUGUACUUAACUUCAGAUGGUGUAGUGUCUGGGCAUCAGCGGUUUGGUGGGGGAAAGAGGAAGUACAGGAAAGUAUUUGAAGGAAGAGGUUUGCAAAGAUUCAGAUUACGAAAGCAGACAGGAGUACUGAGAGACUACGCAUGAAGGAGAAAAGGACUGGAGAGAUUGAGCUGGAAAUGAUUUGCAGCGGGUUUUGGUGGUUAAGGAUAGACAUGAAUAUAUGAUAAGAAGUGAAGAGUGUGUUGCAAAUGAGAGAGAACAGAUGAAAUAAAGACAGUGAUAUAGGAAGUGCAAGUAAGGAGGAAGUAUGGGCAGCUAUGAAGAGUGUAACCGCGACCGGUCAGCCUUCCAAAAACUGUUAACUACAUGUAACUCAUGAUUUAACAAGGGUGGAA